AUGGCGGUGGCAAGUGCAGAUGGCAUUGAUAUUGAGGAUGCUCCAAACUCAUUCAAAUCGGACGUGUGGCGGCAUUUCGGCUUUCCGAAGACUAAAAAUGAAAAAGGUGAGGUGGUAACGGACAAAACAAAAACUGUGUGCAGAUACUGCAAGAAGUUGUUAAUAUACACCAAUAGCACAACAAACAUGAUGCAGCAUACAAACCGUCACCACAGUGAGAAGCUCAAGUCACCGCCGUUGGUACGUAAAAACCUGUUAGUGGGGCAAACCACACUGACCGGCGGAUUUGCAGCCCCACUCGCGGCGACGAGUGCGAGAGCCAAAGAUAUCACAAGGUGUAUCGGUGUUUUCAUGGCCAAAGAUAUGAGGCCGUUUUCUGUCGUCGAAAAUGAAGGAUUUAAGCUACUCGUCAACAAAUUGGAGCCCAAAUACACCAUCCCCUCACACCCCCACUUUAGCCAGACUGUCAUGCCAGCGCCUUACAGGGAAACAAAAUCUAAGGUAAUCGAGACCCUCAGAAAAGCACAUAGUGUAUCAAUUACAACCGACGGCUGGACCUCCAGGGCUACCCAGAGUUAUCUUACGGUCACAGCCCAUGUGAUAACCAGUGAGUGGGAGAUGGUUAAUUUUGUUCUCCAAACUCGCCCAUUGUUCGAAACGCAUACCGGAGCUAAUAUUGCUGAAGUUUUAAAAUCAGCUGUGAGUGAAUGGGGGCUUCAAAAGGCCAACCAUGGAAUUGCUGUGGUCACGGAAAACGCAAGGAAUAUGGAUGUUGCUGUCAGAGAGGCGGGGCUGGCGCCCCAUGUCAAGUGUUUUGCCCACACUUUGAACUUAGCUAGCCAAGCGGGUUUGAGUGUGCCCCGCGUGAGUCAUUUGUUGGGCAGAGUAAGAUGCAUUGCUGCCUUCUUUCACCGAAGCUCAACAGCCACAGCUGCGCUCUCAGCCAAACAGAUACUACUGGAGCUUCCACAGCAUAAGUUAAUCAUCGAUGUCGCAACGCGCUGGAACAGCAGUCUGGAUAUGAUCGAACGCUACCUCGAACAGCAAGCGGCUGUAACAGCAGCUCUUCUGAGCAACGACGUUCGACGAAAUGUCCGUGACAUCGAUACUUUGGAUGGCUCAGACAUCCGUGAUGCGGAGGACAUUGUGAACCUUUUAAAGCCACUCAAAACAGCCACAACUGUGCUGUGUGACGAGAAAAACCCCACUGUGUCUCUCAUUGUGCCCUUAAAGCAUAUGAUCGAGCAUAACAUGGCAUCUAAAGAAGAAGAUUCCCCCACUGUGAGCAACAUAAAGAAAGCUAUACUGAACAACCUUCACAACAGAUACACUUCAGAGUACAACCACCUGCUGGAGUGCACUGCAUUAGACCCCAGAUUCCGGGCUCUGCCUCAUCUAGAGAAAGACCAACGUGAUGAUUUAUUCCACAGACUGAAGGAGAAAGCUGUACUGAUGUUGCAGAACAAGGAUGAGGGCAAAGAAGGUGCCAGUGGUCACCUCCCUGCAGCAGAACAGCCUCUUGACCAGACAGACAGAGCAGACACAGAGCUGAGACCACCUCCUUCCAAGAAAACAGCAUUGGAAGAUCUCCUUGGAGGGACUUUUGAUGAACCAGUUGCACAGCACAUCACUCAGAUUGAUGCAGAAAUGAUUAAGUACAGAGCUGAAACAUCAAUUUCCCUCAAUAGCUGUCCACUCAAGUGGUGGAAAGAGAAUGCUAGGGUAUACCCACUGCUAUCCAAUGAGGUGUGUGAUGCAGAAGCCCCUAAAGAAUGCCCUUCUGCUCCCAAGAAAUCAAAGGUGUUGGAUGACCUUUUUGGUGACUCCUUCUGCACUGAGGACCCAAGUGUCAGAGUCAAAACAUCCAAAGAACUAGCCCAUGAUGAAGUUAGGAAGUACAGAGAUGUUGCAUCUUUAAGCCUAGAUGGUAAGGUGUUAGACUGGUGGAGAGCUCACCAGGCUGAGUUUCCUCUCCUGGCAGACCUGGCCAAGACGUACUUAUGCAUUCCUGGUACAAGUGUACCAUCAGAACGUGUAUUUAGUACAGCAGGGGACAUUGUGCAUUCAGAGCGUAGUCUAUUGUGUUCUGAGCAUGUGGACCAGUUGAUUUUCUUGAAGAAAAAUCUGUCAAGGAGCACCAUUGAGAGUAUUGAACUGUAG